AAUUCCCUUCCACAUCAUCUACGGAAAAAAUUCAAUACUCCAGUUAUCAAACCAAUUCUCACGCUUUUGUGGUCAUCUGCUGAUCACACAUUCUCUUUGCCCUCGUCGUCUUGGAGCUACAAAUCACAACGACAUGUUGCAGUACAAGUAAAAAAAAAAAAAGGCUCAGAUUCUUCCAGCUUCCAACUGAAACUUGGAACAACACUACAACAGAGAAUCAUGGCGUGUACAACACCACUCUCUUCCACUCGCUACCAGUUACUGUUACCAAACCCAUCAACAAUGACCACUUUCACAUCAAGUCUUCACUACCCAACUCAACUUCAAACAAUCCCAUGCAAGAAAAACAGACUAAAUCUCACUAGCAUUAAAAACAAAAUUUCCAAAUUCCACGUCAACAUCCGAAAAACAAAUGAUAUUUCAGAGUCUGAAAUUGAGUGCAUAGGAACAGGCACAGAAGUUGAAUGCGUAAUUAAUGAGGAAAAAUUAGAGAGAAAUAAAGAAGAAUUAGGGAGUGAAUUAGGGUUAUUAGGGAAUUUGUUUGAAUGGGCAGUGUUGAUUUCACCCUUCUUUUUUUGGGGAACUGCAAUGGUGGCUAUGAAGGAGGUUUUGCCUAAAGUGGGUCCCUUUUUUGUCGCCUCAUUUCGGCUGAUUCCGGCAGGGUUGUUGUUGAUUGGGUAUGCAGGAGCUAAGGGUAGGCCUUUACCUUCUGGCUUUAAUGCUUGGUUCUCUAUCUCUCUCUUUGCACUUGUGGAUGCUUCCUGUUUUCAGGGAUUUCUUGCAGAAGGUUUGCAGCGAACAUCUGCAGGUCUGGGCAGUGUUAUAAUUGAUUCACAGCCUCUUACAGUGGCUGUACUGGCAGCUUUAUUUUUUGGUGAGUCAAUUGGAUAUGUUGGAGCUACAGGGCUGGUGCUGGGAGUUGUAGGGCUUUUACUACUCGAGUUACCUGUUAUUACAACCGAUCAGACUGAUUUUUCAUUGUGGGGCAGCGGUGAAUGGUGGAUGCUUCUGUCAGCACAAAGCAUGGCAAUUGGUACUGUCAUGGUGCGUUGGGUUUCCAAGUUUUCUGACUCUGUUAUGGCUACUGGAUGGCACAUGGUACUUGGCGGGCUUCCUCUAGUAGCUUUAUCGGUACUGAAUAAUGAUCCUAUAUUCAAUGGGAGUCUUAAUGAGCUCUUGGCUAUCGACCUUUCAUCACUGUUUUAUACAUCCAUCUUUGGGGGUGCUAUUAGCUAUGGUGUAUUCUUCUAUAACGCAACAAGAGGUAGUCUGACAAAACUUAGCUCUCUCACUUUUCUGACUCCAAUGUUUGCUUCAAUUUUCGGAUUCUUGUAUCUAGGCGAGAGCUUCUCGAAUUUGCAACUAGCUGGGGCCUUCAUAACCUUGGUGGCUAUAUACAUGGUAAAUUAUAAAGACAGCACUGUGGAAUGAACAAGUUUAUGGCAGGUUCCGCAAAGCUACUUGAAUAUUCAGUGCAGAAGAACAUUGAUCAGACCUACAUUCUCAAAUUGAUCGAUGAAUCAUGUAGCAUAUUGUACACACUCGUUCAGCGUGUGACUUGUACAGGCAUCAAAGCUUAAACAAGAGAUAAUUAUACCAGAGAUAAAAAUGCAAGCUUGUACCUUGGAUUGAAUGGAUGAAACUGGAUAUACUGCUGGACUAUAAUCUUCAAGACAAGGUUUCCUGGGAGAUUGUUGCAACUUGCAAGCUCAAAAUCCAGUCUUGGCAGUCCCUAAAAUCAUCUGUAAAUUGUAUUUAUCAAUAGAUCUUGGUUAAUUCAUGUAACUAUCGUUAAGGCAGUUGGGGGUAUCCACCUUAGAGGGGGGUUACAUAUUUCUCUCUAUAUUUUGGUAAGAGAAGGACCCUAUCAAACUAGAACAUCUCACAGGUAUAAAGGAGGUCAUGUACAUAUUGGCAUAUCUUUAAGACGAACAUUUAAAAAAAUAAAUUAACAACGAUGAGAAAGUUAGUACUGCGAUGAGUUCUGUACGAGAUUCAAGGGACGCCAUAGAACUUAUUGAGUGCUAUUUAAUCAAAGAUUGUGAAAUUUUAGGUGGUGUA